AUGAAUGUUUUCUUUGCAGAUGAUUUGGCCGACGAUUAUUUUGGCGACCGAAAGGAGUGCGUGAAUUGUGGGGCGAUGGGAACUCCAUUGUGGAGGAGAGAUGGGACGGGACAUUACCUGUGCAACGCUUGCGGUCUCUACCAAAAAAUGAAUGGCCUCAACAGACCGCUGACCAGGCAGCCCAAAAGAUUGCAGACUGCGCGUCGUUUUGGGCUGAGCUGCACGAACUGCCAGACGGUGACGACGACUUUGUGGAGGAGAAGUAACGAGGGAGAACCCGUCUGCAACGCUUGCGGCCUCUACUUCAAACUUCAUGGGAUACCUCGACCACUGUCCAUGAGGAAGGAAGGAAUUCAAACAAGAAAGAGGAAACCCAAGUCACCUGGCAAGUCCAUGAACUCUGCUGAUCACAAAGGUUAUUUACAUAAUUUGUACGAACGCUAG